AUGUUUCCAUAUACAUCGACACAGUUAAUUUCAAUGCAUCCACACCAGCACCAGCAGCAACAUCAUCAUCAGCAACCACCACAGCCGACACCUCAGCCACCGCCAAUGUAUUCUCAGCCGCAGCAGCCAAGUAUCGUGUUCUAUCCAUACAAUCAACUACAAUCGAUACAACCAACGUAUCCGACACCAGGUUUAACAUCUAUUCGAUAUAUUCAACAGCCACGCGAGCCACAAAAACAGAAAUAUCGAAGUGACCAAAUAGUACCGCGUACUUCACCGCCAAUCACCUCACCAAUUCAACAGCAAAUUCAACGUUCUAGUCCGAUCAAUAUGGUACCAUUAUCGUCACCGAACAUGUGGAUGAAUAAUACAACAUUACAAAAUCCGGCUCUAUUUCGACCAAUCAUUCGUACAAUAUCUAAUGCCAAAAUGGAUGAUAAAUCUCAUAACAAUACGAUUAAUAAUACUGGAACAGUAACGCCAGCACUACCAGCUGCAAUGUCGUUCGAAUCUCCGAAAUUAUGUCGUCAUCAUCAACAUCAUUCGAAACGACAAUCAUCAAACGACAAUCAUCAACAACGUCAACGUCAACGUCUUCAUAGUGGUUCGAGUUGUUAUGGUUCUGAUUCACCUAUGUCUAGUGACAAUGAAGAUCCAUCCGAGACACGAACAGCCAACCCGAAAACAGUUACUUUAAUAUCAUUAACCGCCAAAAAACGACGACAUUCAAUAGGUCGAACUGAAUUGACCAAAGUUAAGCAUCUAACUAAGGAUACUCAUAUUCCAUCAUUAAGUAUUAACAGCAAUGGUUUUGGAACGAACAAUACCGUCAUUUCAACGACGACAACCCAUAGUUCAUCAACAAAAACAACUCCAAGUGUAGCUUCUCGGCCUAAACUUCUUCAAUAUAUCGAAGAAAAUGUUAUUGGAAAAGAUUAUAUCUUUCAAGGACCAUGGGGUUUAAGACGAAUGAUCUACUGUGAUUAUACAGCAUCAGGUCGACCAUUACAUUUCAUUGAAAACUAUAUCAAAAAUUCGGUGCUUCCUUUAUAUGGAAAUACACAUAGUGAAACAAGCUUAUGUGCGCAACAAUCAACGAAAUUUCGUGAAGAAGCUCGUCUUAUCAUAAAAAAAUCCGUCAACGCUAAUGAUGAUGAUGUUUUGCUGUUCACUGGCACUGGUUCAACGGGUGCUGUUCACACACUUGUUGUUAAUUUUGAACUUCACGAUGAAACUGUUCGUAAAAAUACGGUAGUAAUUAUCAGUACAUUCGAACACCAUAGUAAUAUCUUACCAUGGAAGGAAACUGGUGUGGAAAUGAUUCGUAUUCCAACAACUCAGCAAGGCAUACUUGAUAAAGCAGUUUUCGAAGAACGAUUACAACAUUAUUCGAAAUUGAAUAAACGUAUUAUCUGUUCGUUGAAUGCGGCGAGUAAUAUUAGUGGAAUUUUAACUGACGUCGAUGCCAUAUCAACAUUAGUUCACGAACACUCGGGUUUUGUUCUGUGGGAUUACGCAACUGCUGCGCCUUAUGUUAAAAUUGAUAUGAAUGCAUCAUCGACUGCUUACAAAGAUGCUAUAUUCAUAUCUACACAUAAGUUUAUCGGUGGACCCGGUACACCAGGUUUGUUGAUUGCAAAAAAACGUUUAUUCAGUUUAAAAGCACCGAAAGCUUGCGGUGGUGGCACAGUGAAUUUUGUUACACGUACUUGUCAUGAAUAUAAUCAUAAUAUCGAAACUCGUGAAGAAGGUGGAACACCGGACAUCGUCGGUUGUAUACGUGCUGGCCUCGUCUUUCAGUUGAAAGAUGCGAUUGAUAUAAAUUAUUUACAAACACGUGAAGAUGAACUCUGUAAACGCUUUUAUCGACGUUUUAAAAAAAAUGACACUUUGAUUCUUCUCGGAUCUCAAACGGCUCCACGUAUACCUAUCUUCUCAUUUCUUAUCUAUGUACCAGGUGUAUGCAAGUACCUACAUCAUAAUUUCGUUUGCUUGCUCUUAAAUGAUCUUUUUGGAAUCCAAGUACGAUCUGGUUGUGCAUGUGCUGGACCAUAUGCACUCGAUCUAUUGAAUAUUGACAAUGCGAAAACAGACAUUUAUUGCAAAUUUAUGACUGAAGAUGCUUGUGCGCGAGGUGAUGAUCACAUUGUUCGAACUGUAAUGAUGAAACCAGGUUUUACACGUCUUAAUCUCUCAUUCUUUGCAAAUGACUAUGAAAUCGAAUACAUUCUUCAUGCUGUUCAAUUCGUAGCUACUGAAGGAUGGAAAUUUUUACCACUAUAUACGUACAAUCCAGUCACGGCUGGUUGGAGUCAUCGAAGUGGUUUUGCACUUGCACAAUCAAGUCUCAGAGAUAUUACGUACAAAGCUGGUAAAAUGCAAUAUUUUGGCAGUAAAAAACAUACAUUGCCCGCUCGGGGUGAGAAAAUGGAUCCCUUUCGUGAAGCGAAAUUAAUGGCUGCGGAUGCUGUACGUCGUGCAUUUAAUGCAAUUGAUUAUACAUCUGAUCCUCCGUUGAAUGUGCCAGAUAACUAUAAGCAUAUGAUUUGGUUUACCCUUCCAAUUGAUAUUGCUUUAAUGAUGAGUAAGCAGAAAGAAGCUGGAGAAGAUUUAAAUGCUAACAUUAAUUCGAUUCCUUUCAUGCCCGAAGAAGCUAAGGAAAAACUUAUCAAUUCACCUAAAACCAGUGAAUUAUCAAAUAAUCUAGUUGAACCUCGAAAGAAACACAAUUCCGUUCGCUCAUUACAAUUGAACUUUUAUACGUCUGUUGGACAAUUUCGAGAGGAAAUUGCUGUGAACAAUGGAUCGUUGCGAAGAUAUUUCUCGGAUCAAGAGUAUCAUAGUAUCAUACCAGGAACGAUUGAUUUUCCUGGACAAAGAAUUUUGGAACAAGAUCUAUACAAUUCCAAUGAAGAUUUACGAAACAUGGAGAUUUAUGUUCGCUCGACUCAAUGCGACGAUGAAGAAGCAACGAAAGCACGACUGAUUGACCCCUAUUCGCUAUUGAUCAAGUACGAUUCAUCGCGAUACACGUAUGUAUCACGUGAUCAGAUUGAAUUUAAUCAAGAUCCGAAUAUGAAUGGAAUGGUCUUAUCGGUCCGAUUGGAUAACAAAACUAGCACGAAAACUAAUAUGACUUAUCUAUCUCGUGGACUUUGGUGGACACCGAGAUAUGAAAUAGUUGUCGAUGAUAAGCAUCUUGCCACACUUCGAGCUUUAGCUGAUCUCACCAAUGAACACGAACACUCUUAUACGAUAGAAAACAGCCAAUUGAUCACUGGAAGUGUCCCAUUGGUAUCAACAUCGCUUCGAGUACCUUCACCCAUGGACUCUCAACGGAUUGAAUUCAUGGCCACUCCACUGGCUGAUUCACCUACACCGAUAUCAUCUAAACCUGAUGCUACUAGUUUUGGUACAUACUCAUACAAUCUAACUAGUAAAUUUACACUUCUUCCGAAAUCAAUUAAAACAUUUCCAUUUCUGACAACAACAAUCACGUUAAACUACACACUAGAAGCUACAACCUAUUUAUCAGUUGGUACAACAUCAGGCCAAUUUCAACGAAUGUUCAUUAUCCAACCGGCGGAUUUUUUACCAGCCGGUACAAUAACCUUCUAUUUAGCAUCCACAGGCUUAACAUUAGGUCAAAAUCGUUUACCAGAUACAGCAAAGCAAACACAACAGAGUCUUAAUCUAGGAGGUGAUCCUGAUGUGAAGUUUCAAAUUAUAAGUGUUAUGACCGCUAUCCGGCAGACACCCACAUACGGACAAGAUCUGAAUGUUAACGUGACAAUUUCUAAUCGAAAGGAAAAACAGACUGUUUCUGUAAUAUUAACACUCAAUAGUGGUUAUCGUAAUACAACAUCAACACUCAGAUAUCAAUCAUCAUCAAAUAUCACUAUCACACAGGAUCCGAAUAAUAAAUCAGUGCUAAUUAUUCACGCUACCAUUCAGCCAAAUGAAGAAGAAACGUGUGUAUUUACUGUUAUUCAAAUAAACUGA